UGUGUACAGGAACGGACACUUUAAAAAAUUAUUUAUUUUUUACUGUGCUAUGCCAUACAAUGUUUGUCUGAAGAUCAUCCGUUCAAGCAGCUUAAAUGAGUGAGAUGGACAUUAAUGCCUGUCCACCACCAUCUCCUGAGACUCUCGUGGAGAAUAGUGCAACCCACAAACGUCUCAACCCUCCAUCCACCAAAUCCAUUCCUGGCACUGAGACGGCUGGCCCCCCGUUCUCCAUAUCUGGGAGCCCAGACCGACACUCUGAAUCCCCUUCUUUAACUCAAGAUACUACAUUAAAACACCCUAAUGUUAAAACCUGUAACGUUCCAGCCAAACCAACACCUGAGAAACCAACAACAGUAAAACCAACCCCUGCAUCAUCAUCCCAUAUCUCUAAAACUACUCCAACAAUGCCAGCUUCAUCAUCAUCAUCAUCAUCAUCAUCAAAAUCAACACCAUUAAUAUUAUCUUCUCCUAAUGACCCAUCUACACCCAGCAUGACCAUUUCUGCUGAUCCUACUCCUCCUGAGGGUUCAUCGUCCACCAGCAAAACACCUGCAGCGGGCUCCGGUAAAAUCCCCCGUCAACGGAGCUUUUUGGCUGCAGCCCAAAAGGUGAUUAUGCAGGAGAAAUUAAGAAAGGAUGAGGAGCAGGACAAAGCUGAGGAAUUUGAUGAUAUGGAUGAAGAGCUAACUUUUGAGGAGCUCUUGGAGAAAGCUGAAGCUGGAGACCCUCGAGCACAGAGUAGACUUGGUAAACACUACCUUAAACUGGCAGAAGAAAAAGACACAGAGACAAAUAACCAUAAAGCUGUUGAAUGGUUGGUGAAGGCAACAAAACAAGGUCGGAGAGAUUCUGCCAAACUCCUUCAGAAAUGCUGGAUCAAAAAUAAAGGCAUCACACCAGAGAACACACAAGAGGUGAGAAAGCUGUCCUCAGAGAGUAAGUUUGAACAGGCAGUAAGGAGAGCAGCCAUGACCAUGUAUUGGAAACUCAAUCCUGACAGAAAGAAGAAAGUAGCCAUGUCUGAGAUGCUGGAGAAUGUCAGCCAGGUCAAUACUGUACCAGGUGAAGCAUCUGUAUGUGGUGUAACACCCAGCAUUUUUUCUCAGAGGAAAAUUCUUGAGACAAUGGUGUCUAAUGAAUCUGGCUCUAAGUAUGUGGAUGCGGAAGAUUUUGUGGAGAUGACAAAAAAGUUCACAGAAGGCAUUGCGUGCACUCCCACACAGAGCACCUCAAGCGUAGAUGCAAAGGGAGAGGAGACUUUAAGGAAAAGUAAUGCAGCCUCAUUUGAUACGAAAAAAACUGAAUUGGCCUCCGUUGCUCAUAAGCGUCAUCGAAAGUCAAGUUGGGGAAUGACGAGCAGUGGGAUGAUGCUGGCUUCCAGACGCACCGGUGCAAUGAAGAGAGCCCUGGACAUAAAAGCCCACUUCUUGGGUCUGCAGUACCCCCUCCAUGCCAUUAUUGAGAUGAAGGAACAUUUUAUUGACUGGGCAUCUCGUGCUGGCGUCCAGUGGCUGAGCACCAUCAUCCCAACACAACACGUCAAUGCUCUCAUCUUCUUCUUCAUCAUCUCCAAUCUCACCAUUGAUCUGUUUGCCUUCAUCAUCCCGCUCCUCAUCUUCUACCUCUCCUUUAUCUCCAUGGCCAUCUGCACACUGAGAGUCUUCCAGAGCAGCAAAGGCUGGGAGAACUUCCGUGCCUUCACCGCCCUCCUCACACGCUUCGAGCCUAGCUUAGACGUGGAGCAAGCGGAGACCAACUUUGGCUGGAACAACCUGGAGCAGUACCUCUACUUCAUGAUAUCCGUGUUCUUUUUGAUCUUCACUUUUCCAGUUGCAGAUAAAGGCUGGAUCCCAUGUUCAGAGCUUUCCACAGUAGCCAUCUUCUUCACAGUACUGAGCUACAGGAGCCUGGGCCCGUCUACAGCAGCGUACGCUCGAAGGGCGCUCAUCAUCGAGGUGGCUUCAUCUUUGUGUGCCUUGACCAACAGGUUGCCUAAGGAAAUGGUGAUGGCCAGGAUGCUGGGACAUAUUUUCACAACCAUCCCUCUAGGAGAAUCAGUGGUGGUGGAGCUCAGUGUACCCUGUGUGCUCUACAUCUAUCUUUUCUACUUGUUCUUCAGUAUGGCACGCAUGAGGGGAUUCAGAGGGACGUACUGCUUCCUGGUGCCGUAUCUAGUCUGCUUCGUGUGGUGCGAGUUCUCUGUGGUUCUGCUGCGGAAUUCCACCAUCAUCGGCCUUAUCCGCACCUGUGUUGCCUACUUCCUCUUCCUGUUCGCAUUACCUGUCUUGGCUAUGGGUCUGAUGGCGAUGCUGCUGAUUCAGGUGGUCAAGUGGUUCCUGGAGCUGGAGUUGACUAAAAUGCUGGUGACGCUGGCAGUGUGCGCCGUCCCAGUGAUGCUGCGGCUUUGGACUCGAUUCAGCCUCUCCAUUCUAAACGUCUUCCGUUCCAUCACCGACAGAGGCCCUGUGAAACUGAUCCUCCUGUGCAUCACCACUGUGAUUUUUCUCUGCGGCGUCUAUGUCUAUAACGCUGAAGGUCUGAAGGUUUAUAACUCCACACUCACCUGGCAGAAAUAUGGUACACUGUGUGGCCCACAUGCCUGGCAGGAUCAUGGGAUGGCUCAAACACAGCUCCUCUGCAGCCAUCUGGAAGGCCAUCGGGUCACAUGGACAGGAGUGUUCCGUCGUGUUCGCGUAGCUGAGAAGGAAAACGGAGCACAGUCUGUUAUAAACAUUCUCCCGGUGUUCAUGGGCGACUGGUUGCAGUGUCUCUACGGUGAGGUGUAUCCUAAGUGUGAACCACAGAAUAAUACGUCUCCGGUUGUGAAUGUCACGGACGUCGUCCCAGAGCCUGUCAACACCACAAUGCUGUUCCUCCAGCAGGAAGAGGACGAGCUCUGUCGAAUAAAGGCCUUUGCUAAACACAAAUGCCACGUUAAACGCUUCGACAGUUACCGCUUUGAGGUGACGGUCGGCAUGCCGGUGGAUGGGGUCACAAAACUCGACGAUCCGGCAGCUGACAUUCUCCUAAUGGCAAGCCACGAGUUUAGACAGGUGUUGCUGAACCUCGACCCAGGCAGCAUGGUAGAGUUCAGCACAAAGCUGGAAGGGAAGUUGGGUAAUAAACUACCUGUAUUUGAACUGAAAGCCAUACACUGUCUGGACUGCAGCUCCUCAUUGGUGCCUGAGGGACGACAGGUCAAGAUUGAGCGAAACUGGAGGAAAACCAUGCUAAAAGCCAUUAAAUUUGCAUUUGACUUUUUCUUUGCUCCGAUUCUUUGUGCUAGGAUCAAUGUGUAAAAGAACAAGUGGAAGGAAAGAUGAGA